UUCGGAUCCGUAGUGGGCGAUACCAUCUUAAGGGUGCGAGGGGGUGUCAAAAAACAGAUUUGGAGGUGCCACUGGACCGAGGCCGGGGGCGUGUUGGAACCCGAAGGUACUGGACAGUCGCCCACAGCCCCUUGUCUUUCUCCGGCCAUGAGCAGUCUACUGCGGACCGAGCCGCUGCGCGGGGAGCUCCCUCUGCGAGUGCCCGGCGACUCCUACUCUGUGGUGGUUCUGCUGCAGGGCUACGCGGAGCCCGAGGGGGUUGGCGACGCGGUGCGCGCCGACGGUUCCGUGACCCUUAUCCUGCCCGGGACAUGGAGUUCGGACUCCAGCCAUCGAGAGGCCCUGUCCAAGGGCGGCGAGGCGAAGACGGCCCUGGAGGAGGCAGCCCGUGGCCCCAUCCUUGUGGACACUGGGGGCCCCUGGGCUCGGGAGGCUCUCCUGAAGGCCCUUGACGGGCAGGGAGUGAGUCCCGCAGACUUGACUCUGGUGGUAGGGACUCAUGGACACUCGGAUCACAUCGGGAACCUGGGGCUGUUUCCCGGGGCGGCUGUGUUGGUCUCGCACGACUUCUGCCUCCCCGGAGGCUACUACCUCCCCCACGGGCUGGGUGAGGAACGGCCUCUGCGGCUGGGGCCGGGACUCGAGGUGUGGGCCACGCCGGGCCAUGGCGGCCAGCGGGACGUGAGCGUGGUGGUGGCGGGUACGGCCCUGGGCACCGUAGCGGUGGUGGGUGAUGUGUUUGAACGCGAUAGGGACGAAGACUCGUGGAAGGCGCUAAGUGAAGACCCGGUGGCCCAGGAGCGGAGCCGGAAGAGGGUCUUAGGCACUGCUGACGUGGUCGUGCCUGGUCACGGAGCUCCCUUCAGGGUUGUCAGGGAAACCUGGAAUCCAGAGACAAAGGGUCCAGGUAACUGCCGGCAGAAUCCCGUGGUCGUAGACAAGGAGCCCAUAGUGCACGGAUAAGCCCUGGAAGAGACUGGACUCCUGUCAGGGAAGCUCCCCCUUCCCCCCAGCCAAGGACUGACGUCCAGGACACUGAAAGGACCCCGUCAGCCAAAGUUAGAAGAGUCAGGGUGGUAACUACCAGCCUUUCCAGGAGGCCGGUUUUCCAGCGAGGUCAGGUGCUUCUGCCACUGCUGUCAUCAGUAUCUACUUUUGCAAACAAACUAGGACCAAGGACUCGAUCAGCUGCGUGCCAUCUCUCCAGGCUCCAUUAAUAAAAUGGGAGAAUGUUCUUGGGAGAGUCUUCCCAAAUAAAAAAUAGGAAACUACAUUGAAAAUCA